AUGGAGAGGAGUCGCUUUGUGCAGUUUUAUCCUGUGGAGAGUCCGAGACGUAAUUAUCACUUAGUAGAAGUGAAGCGAGGGAUUCCCAUCUACCCAUUCUGCCUAGCCUCGGUGUACUUGGUGUAUGAGGCUAAUCCUCUAAUCCUAGUUACUAAUAGGUUUCUCGAUAGCUGUGAUGGCUUGUCAACUAUCAUCAGCGUCUUCAUACCAAAGAGAAAUCUCAUCUAUCUUCCGGAUCUCCCGGAAUCCUGGUAUACCUACUUAGACGCCGCUGACCCGUCCAAACUUGAUGCAAUCGCAACCAAAGCCAAUGAUUUAGCUAGAGUGCCCUCGCUCGUUGAGGAGAUAGUCUUCUAUGCAGAGUUUCCAGAACAUGAGUAUCACCGCCGCCACCUACUGCGUAUGGCUCGUAACCUUGUGCAGGCCCUGGAGACUCCUCAGGAGACGCCAACUCUCUACGGUGCCAUCCUUACCGCAAUUGACUGCGGCAUCUUCUCGUACAUGAGUGAGAGCCCAAGUGACCCAGUUCAUGCGGAUCGCCUGGCUCAAAUCCCCAACACGGAUCCCGCUUUAAUCAGGCAGUCUACUUGCCUGGAACCAUCUUGCUUACAUGUCACAUGCGGAAUCAUGAAGCACUUAGCCGCCAUGGGAGUGUUCCAUGAAAGUGGCAGAUGUCUACAUUACUACGAACUUGGCCCGGACCCUUGCCGUCACAAAGGCGAAAGUAGCGAUGAAGUCGAUCUACAACAUUCCUGUCUAUUUUCGAUCCCACCGGUUACCACAACCCAGAUGAUGCCACUGACGGGCUAUUUCAAUUCUCAUUCUGGACUUCCCAACACUGGUUCUCAUGGGCAUCGGACCGCCCUGAGCGCGUACCACCAGGGCCGUCCGAGCUGGAUGGAUUACAAUUUCUAUCCUGUUCAGGAAUCCCUUCGUGGCAUGCAACCUGACCAAGACACUGUCCUACUAGUGGACAUCGGUGGUGGAAUCCCGUCACGAUCUACAAGGAUUCCAAAGCAAGAUAAGGCCGAUGUUGUCGAACAGGUCUCGGGUGAUCUCGAGAAGAUCGAGGUGAUGGCUCACGACUUCUUCAUCGAACAGCGCAUCAAAGGUUCGAUUCUAUCUAUCUACUAUAACUCUUACCGAUACCGGAUGAGAAUAUGCCACUGGAUAUAUGAAGUUAGGCCUCGUCUUAUCAUGAAAACAUUACUACCAAGUAUCGCUGAGUAUCUUAUCAGGAAGCAACGCGUAGGAUAUCAGCCAGCGUGUUAUGGAGAUCUUUGUAGGCUAGCGUAUUUCCUACACAAGUCAUACGAUUUAUUGAUUUUGACGCCGCGGCGGGGGGGUAAUAAGGGUGAGAAGGAGGACAGCUGCUGCUACGCAGGGACAGCAGGUUAUCCGCUACUUAAAGUUAACCCAGAUAUCCGUUACUAUGGACUCGAGUACUUGGAAUGA